AUGGCCAACGAGACCAACUCCUCGGCCCCGUCCUACAGCUAUGAGUACUACCUGGACUACCUGGACCUCAUUCCUGUGGACGAGAAGAAGCUGAGAGCCAACAAGCAUUCGAUUGUCAUUGCCUUUUGGGUGAGCCUGGCUGCCUUCGUGGUGCUCCUCUUCCUCAUCUUGCUCUACGCGUCCUGGUCAGGCUCCCCUCAGAUGAGGAACCACCCCCAGCACCACCCAACCUGUCCGUGGCAUCACUUCCUCAACCUCCCCCCCCGCGUCCGGAGGCACCCACGGCGCCACAGUGGCCCGCCGGGGACCCCCCUGGCUCCCAGCUCGGAAGAGGAACCAGGAAGAGGCUCCGGAUCUGAGCAGCCGCUGCAACCAGGGGGCCCCUCCGCCUCGGCCCCCUCCGCCUCCCAGACCCUCCCUGCUUUCCUCUGGGAACUGGCCCGUGAUGGGGGCCCCCAUGGCAUCAGCUGA